AAACUAAAAGGUUAAUGAAAUAAAAUUGUCAAUGCUGUAAGCUCGCUGUUAAUCCUAGUAGCUUAGCUUAGCUAGCAUAGUUUCAUUCGAACCUUUCACUAUGCAUGCAUUGCAAUUUGCUUUGCUUAGUCAUUCAUCCGACCUACGUGAAAGGGAAGGUUCCAGAACAUAAUUACCGAGAAUUUAAUUUGUUGACUCAUUCUAGGGCUAUAAAGUACAAAGAGAAUUUUAUCUCUCGCGAGUCGUCGUCUGUGCGUUGUGGCUGUCGUUUCAUUAGGCUCUAAAUAUUGGUGUUAAGGUUAAGUUGGGUUGGCUUGCUAUUGAAGGAGGAAGUUAGAACUGGAAGUUUUCCGUCUUCCAGCCUUCAAUUUUGUUGUUUGAGCCUACCCCUCAGAGUCGGUGAUGGAGUUCCCACAUUUAGGAAAACAAUGUUCUGAGCCAUCCUGUAAGAAAUUAGACUUUCUCCCAGUUAAGUGUGAUGCUUGUGAAGAAAUAUUCUGCCACGAGCACAUGCGUUAUGCUGCUCACAGUUGCAGUUCAGCGUACAAAAAGGAUGUACAAGUACCCGUGUGUCCAUUGUGCAACACUCCCAUACCUGUGCGUAGGGGAGAGCCUCCAGACAUAGCAGUGGGCGCUCACAUUGACACUGACUGUCAGUCCGAUCCAGCCAAGAAUAAACGCAAGGUCUUCACCAACAAAUGCUCGAAGAAGGGAUGCAAAGGCAAGGAGGUUGUCAGAGUUGUAUGUAACGAGUGCAGUCUCAACUUCUGCUUGCGACAUCGCCAUACGGCUGACCACAACUGUCAGGGACGUCAAGCGGCCGCUCGCAACAAAGCAGCAGAGGCUGCUGCUGCCAGACUGACUGCUCGACCUUCGGCAGCUCCAGUCUCAAGAGUGUCUUCAGCCGUUCAGGGCAACUUGAGUGAAGAUGAAGCUUUAGCCAAAGCUCUUCAACUAUCUAUGAUGGAGGGAGAGAAGAACAGGACCACAACUCCCGAGGAGCAACUUGCGGCUGACGCAGCGCUGGCUCGAGCAUUGGCAGAGUCGGAGCGCAACACGAGGCACCCUAUCACCUCUAAUUCUCCAGCUGGCAACAAACAAUGUACUGUUUCGUAACCGGCACUCUGCACUACUCCACUUGACUUGAUGUGAAUUUUCAUGAUGUAUUUGCAACUAUAGUAUGCCACAUCAAUUUAUCCAAACAGUUGUUUUCAAGAGAUAUAUUUUCCUUUUUUGGGAAUUAUAAAUUUUACUCUGACUCUUGAGUGCCUUUACGGUUUAUUUAAAUUCCAAGGUUAGGUUCAAUGUUACCUACAAUAAAUUUCACCAGUACUGCAGUAUGAUUACUUUGAAAUUUACAGAAAACUCCCUCUCGUUUGGGUCCAUUUGGUUCAGACUUCAGAUGGUUCAAAAUGUGCAUAAGUCACAUUGUCUGUAGCCUUGUAAACAAUCAUUUCACACCCGUUCAUCUAGCACUAUUUGGUCUUUCAGAUUUAUUGCAUACUUUCUUUGUUAUUUAAUUUAUAAGCACCAUACGACAAUUCAUCUCUCAACUUAUUUAUUUAUUUUUGUUUUAACUGCUGGUGGUUCAGACGUUUUAGUUCGGCCAUUAGUCCAGUCUGGCAGUGUCAAAAUGAGAGGGAGUUAUAGUUGCUAUUGUUAUAAAAUUGAGAUUUGUUUUUGGUUUUGAUAGUGUCAAAAAAAUGUAAUUAGCAUAAUAUUAAUAAUUAAGUUACAGGUUGUAAGUAUUUAAUACUAAGAAAGAUCCAAUGAAACUUUGAAAAGGCGUUCAGUUUUAAGAUAUAAGAGGAAACACAGAUGUGAAAUAGAGAGUAAUUUGUAUUUUCAUCAUACUGUCCGGAAAACAGCCAUUGUUAGUUGUCUAAACCUUCUGCAAAAUUAUUGUUUUCUGAUAACUUCAAAGGGAACAGAAAAAAUAUAUAUGGUAAAUUUUUGGUUAGCUAACCUCAAAAUUUGUCUAUGGUACAUUAUAAAAAUGCUGCUAGUCACAAAUUUUUUAGUUAGGUCUGUAAACAACAGGAAUGUAAACAUUGAUGACGACUUUGUAUAAUCUCAAAUUAUGAGGUAUAAUUUUGUAACAAUUAGAAGGUCAUUUCCACAAUAUGAUGAAAAUAGUUGUUUAUCACACGAAAGUGUCUUUUUGGUACUUAAUUGUAUUUCCUAGUAAAACAUGAUUGCGUACCAAAAAGAGCCGCAUUCGCUCCUUGUGACUACUAUUGAAACUUCUAGGUACUAUUGAACUUAUAUUGAAUCUUACAUUUUCAUUUUAUAAAGAGUCUGGGUAUUUUUUUAAAUCCCAAAAAUAAUCUAAAUUAUCUGUAUUUGGUCACUUUUUUAAAAGUUUCUUCACACCAUUGUUUACUGUGAUAUAAUACUUAAACAGGUUUCACCAAUUCUUAAAUGUAAUAAUUAUUUAUUUUUUAAGCCAACGCAAGUCGUUUGUGUGAUAAUUUAUUUUAUCUUAAGGAUGAUUAUCUAAGUUGUAAGGACUUAGAUACAGUUGCUUCUAGAAAGUUACUUCUAAGGAUUUGGGUUGUAUGUUGUACUUUUUUGUUGUAUGGUGUAUUUUUUACAAGGUAUUUUUUCUUGACUAUUAAUGAAAAAUAAGAAACUCUUCCACAAAGAAGUGUUGUGUACAAGCCUAAAAGUUGCACUGUGUCAUAAUUUCAUAUGAGUGCUUACAAGAAAACCAGAUAUUCAUUUUCAUAUCACCAAUGAUUAUAUAAAACAAAGAGAUGAUGGUUAUUCUUUAUUAAGACGUUUUUUGUUUUUUUUUUAUUUGUAUUACAUGUAGUUUUCAACAGACCGGAUUUGGAAAUGAAAACCUAAUAAAAAUCUGAAAAAUAAGGGUUUAUAAAUAUUUUAAUGAUAAUUAAAUUUUAUUUUCCAGAAACUUUUAUUUCAAUAAUAAAUUUAAUUUGCCGGAUAAAUCUAUAGACCAUAAACAGUAGUUUACGAUUGUUGUAAAUAUUAUUGUAAUUCAAGUUGGAAAAAAUACUGUAAUUAAGUAUGAAAAGCUGUUAGGUAAAUCUUUUAGAGCCGAUCUAAAAAAAUGAGUGUGGGUUGAAAAGACACUUUGUGCGUGUGAUGAACUAUAUUUUUUGUCUUCGCCAUUUUAGCAAACCAAGUUAAAAGGCAAAAAUACUUUUUUGUGUUUUUAAUCUUUCUAAUGCAAACAAGCACCUGUUUAAUUUUGUUUAAGGAAAGGCUCUAGGCCAGGAUUUUAAAUUGUAGAAAAGGAGGAUAGCAGCUAGCUUACCUUGAAAGUGUGGGUAGGUCAUAGAAC